AUGUUGAUGCAGAAACGUAAAAACACAAACAUCCUCCUCGCAUCAGAGCUGGAUGAUGAGGUCACAGAUAGCACAGGGUGGACAGAGGCAUGGAGGACUCCUAAAAGUUCAGUUGAAACACAGCAGGAUGAACUGGAGGAAGAAGAAGAGGAAGAUGUUGUGGAGAUGAAUGAUGACUCAGAGGAGGAGGAUGAAGGGCUGAACAGUGAGGAGGAUGUAAGAGUAGAUGAGGAGGAGAAGGAUGAAGGAGUUGAUGAUGAUGAUGAGGAGGAGGAUGAGGAGGAGGAGGGGGAGGAGGAAGAUGUCAUCAAGAAUGAGGAGGACAAAGAAGUCAAAAGUGAGAAGGGGGAUGGAGAAGUAGAAGAGCAGAAGGAAGACAACAAAUUGAAGGAUGAAGAGGAUGAGGGAGUAGCUGAGGAAGAAGAGGAUGAAGAAGCCAGCAGUGAAGAGGAGGAUGAAGAAGUACACAAGGAGGAAGAUGAAGAAGUGAAAAAUGAAGUCUUUGAGCAAGAUGAGGAUGAGGAUAAUGUCCAGGAGGAGGAGGAGAUAGAUGAUGAAGCAGACAAAGAACAGGAAGAGAAAGUUCAGGAGGAGGAAGACAAGGAAGUGAAAACGGAAGUCACUGAGACAGAUGAGGAUAAUAUUGAGGAUGAGGAGGAGGAAGAAGAAGAGGAUGCGGAAGAAGAGGACAAUGAUGAUGAAGUAGACAAAGAACAGGAAGAGAAAGUUCAGGAGGAGGAAGAAAAAGAAUUGAAAAAGAAAGUCACUGAGACAGAUGAGAAUGAGGCUAAUAAUGAGGAUGAGGAGGAGGAAGAAGAAGAGGAGGCGGAAGAAGAGCACAAUGAUGAUGAAGCAGACAAACAACAGGGAGAGAAAGUUCAGGAGGAGGAAGACAAGGAAGCGAAAAUGGAAGUCACUGAGACAGAUGAGGAUGAGGAUAAUUUUGAGGAUGAGGAUGAGAAGGAGGAGGAAGAAGAGGACAAUGAUGAUGAAGCAGACAAACCACAGGGAGAGAAAGUUCAGGAGGAGGAAGACAAGGAAGCGAAAAUGGAAGUCACUGAGACAGAUGAGGAUGAGGAUAAUAUUGAGGAUGAGGAUGAAAAGGAAGAGGAAGAAGAGGACAUUGAUGAUGAAGCAGACAAAGUGCAGGGAGAGAAAGCUCAGGAGGAGGAAGACAAGGAAAUAAAAAUGGAAGUCACUGAGAUGGAUGAGGACGAGGAUAAUGUUGAGGAGGAAGAAGAGGGCAAUGAUAAAGAAGCAGACAAAGAACAGGAAGAGGAAAUUAAGGUAGAGGAGGACAAAGUAGACAAAGAAGUGAAAAAUGGUUUUUUUGAGAAAGAUGAGUGCGAGGAUGAUGCUGAGGAGGAGGGGGAAGAAGAUGAAGUGGACAAAGACCAGGAGAAAGAAACAGAUGAAGAAGAAGAAGACAAUGAAGCGGAUGAACAAGAGGAGGAGGAAGAUGAAGAGGCAGGGGAGGAGGAGGAGGAGGAGACUGAUGAAGAAGACGAGGUGAUGGUCAACACAGAGGAGGAUGACGGCUCUGAGAGUGUGGACGAGAAAGAGGACAACAAAGCAGAAAAGGAAAAGGAUGGAAAGAAGCUGGGGAAACAAGUCCGACUCCAACCUUGUGUCCUGCUCCACCUGCAGUUCCAUAAACUGAACACCACCUUCUCCUCCUGGAAGCAGUCAUGGAUGGUGGCAGUAGCUCACAGAGGAGGAGAUGAAGGUGAAGAGGAGGAAGAUGAGGCAAAAGAUGAAGUGGAGUGGCGGGCAUGGAAAGAGUCAUGGAGGAUUUGUCGUUGGAAGAAGCCAGACGAGGAUGAGGUGGUGUGUUUCUCCACUGAGCACCGAAGUCAGAGAUACCUGGGACUAAUUCACGAAGAAGAUGGUAUGCCAAAGAGUGAGUGGACCCUCAGCUGGAAGACGAACACAACUGUGGCAAAGGAAGGCGACACUCAGGAAGAAGAAGAGGAGGAGGAAACGUGAACUUUUUUCAUAGCUCAAAGAUGUAAAGCAUGCCCACAUUUUUAAAAAUACUGGACCUCAAAGUGGGCACUGUGAUGGUCUGACAAGAUUCAUAAUCUUCUUACUUAUACAUGGCUCCUGAUUUUGACCCAACUUUUGUCAAUUUAAGAUUCAGUAGUUUAAGAUAUUUUAUCACUAAAGGGCAGCUUAUGGCAGAGAAGAACUGGUUCAUAUGAUGUACUCUCCAACCACACUGCAACUGUUUAUAGUAGUUCCAAACGCCCACACAUAAAAAUGGAGGAACAGCAUUCGAAAUGAAAAGUGAAAAACAUGCAAUGAGAAAAUGUCAUGUUUGCUGAUGUGGAUGGACAGCGCAGAAAUAGUCUUAAUGGUUUGUGUAAUGGUGUGCAGCUUUAGCGCACUGUUGUAAAGAAGUUCAUGUAGGAGCAGCAGCGCAGCCUGCACAAGGGCUGGGUGAAGUAGUGUAUAGACGAAAGGGUGUGAAUAUGGUCUCGGCCAGUCACAUCACCAGCCCCACUGCUCUGUAACAGCUGUGCCUAUCACAGUGCAGAAUGACAACAACACAUGCUUGUCCAAGAAA